AUGGAAGUUUUUAUGGAUAACUUUAGUGUCUAUGGUGAUUCAUUUGACCUUUCCUUGGGUAGUUUAGCUAGAGUAUUAGAACGGUAUACUAGUUCAAACCUUGUACUUAAUUUUGAAAAAUGUCAUUUUAUGGUGAAACAAGGUAUUGUUCUAGGCCAUGUUGUUUCUAAUACUGGUAUAUCUGUAGAUCCAGCAAAGGUAGAUAUUAUUUCUGGUUUACCUUAUCCCUCCUUUGUGAGGGAAAUCCGCUCAUUUCUUGGUCAUGCAGGUUUCUACCGAAGAUUUAUCAAGGACUUCAGUAAGGUAGCGUUGCCUUUAUCCCGGUUGCUACAGAAGGAUGUAGAGUUCGAGUUGAGUGAAGAUUGCAUGGAUGCGUUUGAUAAGCUGAAGGUUGCUUUGACCUAA